AUUAAAUCCCAGGUGGUCAUAGUUAAUACGGGUGGCACCUUUCAGUACUUUGUUUAUAAAGUCAAAUACGAACCUUUUUCUUUUCUUAAUUAUCUAUUAGAUAACUUUUUUUAUUUGUGCCUCAUCGACUUUAUUACAAUUUUAACUAUGUUUAUAAUCCCACAAGUGGUUCCCAAGACAUCCACACUUGCCCCUUCUUUGUUUGAAAAUGAUACUUCUCCUAUGCUCACAAGCCUACAAGAGGCAACAAGAGAGGAAUUCUUGCAAGUGUAUCCUACUAAACGCCAUAUGAAUACGGCUCCUAUAACUGCCACACCACUCCCAUUUGAAUUGCCAGCUCCUGCUUUCCAGACCGACCGUGAGCCAACACCAGAGACAGAGACAGAGCGUAGUGAGAGCGUCAUCUCGCGCCGCCGCAGCCCUCCUGCUGACAUUGUGUCUGGUCAUGCCUAUUACCGUCGACUGAGUCAAGCUGUCUUGCAAAGACUCAAUGUUUUUCAUUCGGCAGCGCCAUUAAACCAAGAUGUGGUGAACGGCGUUUUAAGGUUCUAUGUCUCGGAUGUGUGGUCUAUGUUAUCGACCAGCAACCAGUACGUACGUGUACGAUUGGUGCAGUUAAGACGCUUUCAGGACACGCAUACAAUGUUCGAUCUGGCCCGAAGAUACAGCAAAGGCAAUGUUCUGAUGGUAACAAGGAACUCAAAGCCUGAUACGUGCUUCCGUUACUUUUGUUUGGUCUUUCCCCGUCCAGAUAAUCACCUAAAGGUUAUGGCCAACGAGAUGGUGGAGGGUAGGUCGCGUAGCCCUUUCAGGAAGAUGGCCAUCUGGACGGCGUACAUGUUUUAUAUGGCGAAUAUGAUUGAAGGUGGGCGGGAUAAAGAAGCUACCGAGUUCUAUCAGCUACUCGAGCGGACCUUCUUUACUGCAUUUCGAAUGAUGCCGUAUAUCGGGCCCGAUAGCAAGUUUGUGGUGUUGAAAUAUUGGUACAAUAACUGA